UCCUCGCUGCAACCCCCUCACUCUUUCUUCGGCGCCCAGCAUCGGGACCCUCUCCACUUCUAUCCCUGGGUGCUUCGGAAUCGCUUCUUCGGUCACCGCUUCCAGGCAAGCGACGUUCCCCAGGACGGGCUGCUUUUGCACGGGCCCUUCGCACGCAAGCCCAAGCGGAUCCGCACGGCCUUCUCGCCCUCGCAGCUGCUGCGGCUGGGACGAGCCUUCGAAAAGAAUCACUACGUGGUGGGCGCCGAGCGGAAGCAGCUGGCUGGCAGCCUCAGCCUCUCCGAGACGCAGGUGAAGGUGUGGUUCCAGAACCGGAGGACAAAAUACAAACGGCAGAAGCUGGAGGAGGAAGGGCCUGAGUCCGAGCAGAAGAAGAAGGGUUCCCACCAUAUCAACCGGUGGCGUAUCGCCACGAAGCAGGCCAACGGGGAGGACAUUGAUGUCACCUCCAAUGACUAAGGGAACAAUCAUGAGCCUACAAGGGCAGAGCAUUGCUUGCUGCUGGCCAGGGCCCCAGGGGGCCCAAGCUGGACUCU